UGUGUGUGUGUGUGUGGGUGUGUUUUUGCGUCUUAGGGCCCCGGACACUAAAGGGUCGGGGGAGUGUAUAAAGUCAGGAGUUAGGUCACUUUUCUUGGUGAGGGGUCAGUUGCAUCUCAAAGUUGCUUGUUGGCCAAUACAUUGGUACAGGCUUUUGUUGAGCUGAAAGAACUCAUGAAGGACGAGAACCAGCAGCGCUACUGGCAGGACUCAGGGAGAUGGGCAGGGUAUGAAGAAAGCUAUGAUCCUGAGGCAGGGGGCUGGAGUCCCUCUCACAUCUUCUACCUGACCUUAAAGAGCUUGGUUCAGCUGUGUAGGAUCAUGAGCACAGGUGCGGUGAUGUUGGACCAAGAGGAGCGUAGCCUGGCCAGCAUCGCUGAGAAGCUGGUGGAUGAGCUUGUGGACAAAAACGAGAUCCGGCCCAGUGACCGUGAGGAGCUCCUGAAAGCCUUGCUACAGAACCGGAGUCAGUCUGAGCCAAAAGAGACCCAGACUCUGGCCCCUGGUUUGGAGAUGACAUGUUCAGUGUCAGGCAAGAAAGAUGUAUCUGACACCAGUGAAGCUUCAAUGGUCCUGGUUGGAGCCCUGGAUUUUUUAGAGAAGCCCACUGUAGCUUUCGUGAGGCUGAAGGAGGCGGCGGAGUUGGAAUCGGCUUUGAAGGCCCCGGUGCCGGUCCGCUUUGUGUUUGUGUUGGUGGGGCCCAAUGACAACAGCAUGGACUACCAUGAAAUCGGACGAGCCAUGGCCACAUUAAUGGCUGACAGGGUGUUCAAUUUAGCAGCUGUCCAAGCGCAGAACGAUCGUGACCUGAUGGAGGCUGUUGCAGAAUUCAUGGACUGCAGCAUCGUGAUCCCACCUACUGAGAUCCAGAAUGAAUCAGUGCUGAGCUCCAUUAUUGGCUUUCAGAAACAGCUUCUGCACCGACGCCUGAGCCCAUCCAGCCCCCAGGUCUCCUUGGACUUGAAGCCUCACAGAGUUACAAAAGCAGAGAGACCUCCAGCAGAGGACCCGCUGGCCCGCACAGGCCGGCCAUUCGGUGGAAUGAUCAAGGACUUUAAGAGGCGCUACAAGCACUAUGUCAGUGACAUCACUGAUGGCCUCAAUCUCCAGGUCCUAGCUGCUAUCAUCUUCAUCUACUUUGCUGCUCUGUCUCCUGCCAUCACGUUUGGAGGUCUGUUGGCUGAUAAAACAGAUAACAUGAUGGGCAUAUCCGAGCUGCUGCUGUCUACUGCUCUACAGGGAAUAAUCUUCUGUCUCAUCGCUGCUCAGCCAAUCCUGGUCAUCGGCUUUUCUGGACCCUUGUUGGUCUUUGAGGAGGCCUUUUUUGCGUUCUGCAACUCACAAGAGAUCGAGUACAUUGUGGGCCGAGUGUGGAUUGGCUUUUGGCUGGUGUUUAUCGUGGUAUUAAUGGUGGCAUUCGAGGGCAGCUUUCUGGUCAGGUUCAUUUCACGCUUCACACAAGAGAUCUUCUCCAUCUUAAUAUCCCUCAUCUUCAUCUAUGAGACCUUUGCCAAACUCAUCAGGGUUUUUCAGCAGCACCCACUGACUCGUAACUAUGAAUAUCUGAACAGGAGUGCAGGGAAUCCCUUUUACGCUGCCCCUAGCCGUCACUCUGGCAACGCCUCCACCCUGGCUACACUCCAGGAAAAAGCAUAUCCCAACACUGCCUUGCUCUCCAUGUGCCUAAUGUUUGGGUGUUUCUUCAUUGCGUAUUUCCUCAGACAGUUCAAAAAUGGACAUUUCCUACCAGGCAAGAUCCGCCGCUUGAUUGGAGACUUUGGUGUCCCUAUUGCCAUUUUCUUAAUGAUUGUUGUGGACAUCAGCAUUCAAGAUGUUUACACUCAGAAACUUCUGGUGCCCAAAGGUCUGACAGUGUCCAACCCCAGUGCAAGGGGGUGGGUAAUCAACCCAUUGGGGAUAAAGAGAGCUUUCCCUGUCUGGAUGAUGAUAGCCAGUGUCAUCCCAGCGAUGCUCGUCUUUAUCCUCAUAUUCCUAGAGUCUCAGAUCACUACACUGAUUGUGAGCAAGCCAGAGCGGAAGAUGGUGAAGGGCUCGGGAUUCCACCUCGACCUGCUAAUUCUAGUCAGCAUGGGGGGCCUUGGUGCCAUGUUAGGGUUGCCCUGGCUGAGUGCUGCCACUGUCCGUUCAGUCACUCAUGCCAAUGCUCUGACUGUCAUGAGCAAAGGACCAAAACCAGUGAUUGAAAAAGUUCUGGAGCAGAGAGUAAGCGGCAUAUUGGUAGCUCUGCUGGUCGGUCUGUCGAUUUUAAUGGAGCCUAUUUUAAAAAUGAUCCCCAUAACAGCUCUGUUUGGGAUAUUUCUCUACAUGGGUAUUACCUCACUCAGUGGAAUCCAGCUUUGGGACCGCAUACUGCUGCUUUUCAUACCCAGAAAGUAUCAUCCUCAGGAACCAUAUGCCACCAAGGUGAAGACCAAUAAGAUGCACAUAUUUACUUUGAUCCAAGUAGCAUGUUUGGUGGCACUGUGGAUAGUGAAAUCCAGCCCCAUCUCCCUGGCUCUGCCCUUCAUCCUCAUCCUCACCAUUCCCCUGCGCAUGUUAAUGAGAGGCCGCCUCUUCACUGAGCUGGAAAUGAAAUGUCUGGAUACUGAUGAUGCCAAGGUAACAUUUGAGGAGGAGCCAGGACAUGAUGUGUACAGUGAAUCCCAGAUGCCACUAUAGACAUCUGGAUUGGACCACGCCUUAAUUCACUUUAAAUGUUUCAUGGGAAAAAAAGAAUGCUUUAAUAUGAUAUUGUGUAUAGAUAUUUCUCUGUCUCAUAAUUCUUAUGUGUUUUAAGUAUUUAAAUAAAUAUUAGGCUAAUACUGCCUUCA